CAUGGGCCAUCUGAAGCCCACAGAAAAGCCCAGUAUGAUCCCUAGGGUUUUUGCUAUUUGAGCGCCUUCUUUCAUCCUUUGAUGCCUCCGUUAGCCUCCCCUCCCCUCACCUCCGCCACAUCCAGGAGUUCCAAUGGCUUUUGUCAAAGCCCAGAAGUCGAGAUCUUACUUCAAGAGGUUUCAAGUAAAGUUCAAGAGAAGGAGACAGGGUAAGACUGAUUACCGUGCUAGGGUUCGGUUGAUUAACCAGGACAAAAACAAGUACAACACUCCCAAGUAUCGAUAUGUCGUGCGAUUUAGCAACAAGGAUAUCACUGCACAAAUCAUUUCUGCAACCAUUGCUGGUGAUAUCGUUCUUGCAUCAGCUUAUGCUCAUGAGCUUCCUCAUUACGGUCUCAAAGUUGGUCUUACAAACUAUGCUGCAGCCUAUUGCACUGGGCUUCUUUUGGCUCGCCGAGUGUUGAAGAAGCUUGAAAUGGAUGAAGAGUACCAAGGAAACGUGGAGGCUAGUGGUGAAGAUUAUUCUGUUGAACCCGGGGAGAGCAGGAGGCCAUUCCGUGCUCUGCUUGAUGUUGGUCUUAUUCGAACAACCACUGGAAACCGUGUUUUUGGCGCUCUUAAGGGAGCGUUAGAUGGAGGUCUCGAUAUCCCACACAGUGAGAAAAGGUUUGCUGGUUUCGACAAGGACGGAAAAAGUCUCGAUGCUGAUGUUCACCGCAAGUACAUUUAUGGAGGGCAUGUUGCUACUUACAUGAAUACUUUAAUGGAAGAUGAACCAGAGAAGUACCAAACUCACUUUUCUGAUUACAUUAAGGCUGGUGUUGAACCUGAUAACCUUGAAGAGAUUUACAAAAAGGUUCAUGAAGCCAUUCGUGCUGACCCGUCUCCUAAGAAGUCUGAGAAGCAGCAACCUAAGGAGCACAAGAGGUACAACCUUAAGAAGCUAACUUAUGACGAGAGGAAGCAGAAGCUUAUCGAGAGGUUGAAUGCUUUGAAUGCUGCGGCUGGAGCAAAUGAUGAUGAUUCAGACGAAGACGAAGAGUGAGAAAUGAUGUAUGUUUUUAUCUUUUUGAAGAAUGUAAUGUUGAGUCUGUUUGAUUGAGAAUCUUCCCAGUAUUUUUGUUAGACUUGAAUUGUGGUUUUUAUAGUUACAUUAAUUAAUGUUCUCAUUGUUAAAAGGUUUUAAUUUGCCUCUU